AGCCGAGUCUGCAGAGCAGGAGCCUUCAGACUGAGGAGGAGGAGGAGCACCGAUAGAAAGAACCUCCACCAUGAAAACGCCCUGAUCAUCUUCAUCACAGAGUCUUCCUCCUGCAGCCGGGAUGAAGAGCGGCUUCUGCUCAGGGAGGAGGCUGCUGCUGCUUCUGAUGAUGACGAUGGUGAUGAAGGCAACCAGCCUGGAGAUCCAGGAGGACGAAGAGGAGGAGGAGGAGGAGCAGGAGAUGGAACCGGCGCCAUCGGACGGGUCCAGAGUGUCUCCUCGCAGCUCCUGGCUGCUCUUCAGGAGAAACUCCAACAAAGGAGAGAACCGCAGAACCAAAGGCUCCCGCAGAACCUCCAAGCACGGUCUGCCAGGCCCACCGGGCCCUCCAGGACCACAGGGGCCCCCGGGUCCCCCGGCCCCCCUGCUGCCCCAGCAACAGGAGCUGAUCCAGGAGCUGCGGCUCAAACUGGGAGACCUCGCUGACAGAGCGUGCCUGCAGUGCCACCGUCCUCCCCGUGUCUCCACCUCCUUCUUCAGCCGCCUCCCUCAGGCUGCCUCCAUCCCCCGCCGCAGCCUGCUGGAGCUGCAGCCUUUUGGCCAGCCAUCAGAGUCAGAGCGAAGCCUGCAGAGAGGUCCCACCUUCAACAGCAGCACCGGCAGAUACACGGCACCCGUCUCUGGGUUCUACCAGCUCACCGCCAGCCUGCUCAUAGAGUCUGGAGACCGGGUCCAGGUCAGACUCAGAGACAGUGUCAGAGCAGCCAUCUGCAUCGAGUCGCUCUGUCAGAGCAACCUCUCGGUGGAGUCAGUGAUGGGUGCGGCAGCUGCAGGAGGAACCUUUAGCAUUUUACUGACAGGAACGCUCUACCUGCAGGCUGGAGAAUACGUGUCGGUGUUCGUGGACAACGCCACUGGAUCGGCCAUCAGCGUCCUGCAGGACUCACUGUUCUCAGGAAUACUGCUGGGAAUCUGAACCAGUGGACUAACCCAACAGAUUAAGGUUCUGAUUCAACAAACCCAGUAGGAACUGUCUGAGUGGACCCACAGUCUGGUGAGAACUAAUCCCAGUCUGGAUCUGGAUCAGACUGAACCGGGUCUGGCCUAGUUCUGGUUCAAAAGGACUAUCAGGACCAUCAGGAGGUCAUUGUUAAUGUCCAUAUGGAUCUACAGGGAAUCUGAUUUUUCUCUUUUUGGAGCUUCAUCAUCCAACACCAACAGAGUUCCUGGGGAGUCUUCUGGAAGCAAACCAGACCUUCUCAGAACCUUCAGUCUGCAGAGGUUCGCUUCGUUAGAGCCUCAUCUACAAAACCCAUGGUGUCCUCCGUCUCAGUUCAGCUCUGACCUCUUGGGUGUUUCUAAAAGUCUCGGACCUGAUCACUAAUUUUAAAACAGAAGGACAGAAUCAGUGAAGCUUUGGUUCCGGAACUUCUCCCUGCUGGACUGGACCCUUUGGGUCUCUCUAACCCCCCUUCAUUAUAACUGCUGUCGAUCUGUAUUCUGGCUAUAAUGUCGUUUGCUCCUCUUACCUGACAGAAGUUGUACUUGCCCCUGUUCUUUACACUCUGAAUUGAUUUUGAAGCGCUAGCAAUAUGUGCCUCCGUUCUGAAUAAAGGGAUAGUUUGGAUCUUUUUAGUAGGGCUGUGUGAAAUUAUUGUUAGCUUAGUGUCUUUCUUAGUUAGGUCAGGUAUAUGAUCAGCUCUGACCUUUAUCUCUGAUUUCUAACUUCUUUAAU